AGUUUAAUUUUCAAAAUACACACCAAUAGCUAUAGCUUGCUCUAUCUCUCAAACCAUGGCCAAAAUAUACUCCCAUGCAGCUGCCAAUAAUAAUAAUAAUUUACCCAUGGCCAUUUCCACAAUGCUCCUACUAGGGUUGCUAAUGUCAACUUUAGACAAAACAGUUGCCCAAAUUGGAGUUUGCUAUGGACUAUUGGGCAACAACUUGCCAUCUCCACAAGAAGUUAUCAAUCUUUACAAACAAUACAACAUACGAAGAAUGAGAUUAUACAGUCCAAACGACGCCGUUUCCCGAGCUCUAAGUGGAAGCAACAUUGAGAUUAUGCUUGGUAUCCCAAACGAUGCUCUCGAAGGUAUCGCUAACAGCCAAUCUACAGCUGACACGUGGAUCCAAAACAAUGUUAGAAACUACAACAAUGUAAAUUUCAAGUACAUUGCUGUAGGAAACGAAAUUAAAACCAAUGACAGAGCUGCACAGUUUCUUGUUCCAGCCAUGGAAAGGAUUCAAAACUCAAUCAACUCCGCCGGCCUUGCGAAUCGGAUCAAGGUCUCAACAUCUGUCGAUACUGGAAUCCUCGGUGUGUCGUACCCACCUUCUAGUGGUUCUUUUACGUCAAAUUAUGGGCCUAUAAUCAAUCCUGUAAUUCGAUUCUUGGUGAACAACAGAUCUCCAUUGUUAGUAAAUGUGUACCCAUACUUUAGUUACAAGGAAAACUCCAACACCAUUUCUCUUGACUAUGCUUUAUUUAAAUCCCAAUCAGUUGUGGUGAGAGAUGGUCAAAAUGGAUACAAAAAUCUUUUUGAUGCUAUUUUGGAUGCUGUUUAUUCUGCUCUUGAGAAAGCUGGGGGAAGUUCUUUGGAAAUUGUUGUUUCGGAGUCGGGUUGGCCUUCGGAUGGGGGAUUAGGGACGUCGUUUGCGAACGCCGGGACUUAUAUUGCUAAUUUGAUUCAACAUGUGAAGGGAGGGACUCCUAAGAGACCAGGGAAGGCUAUUGAGACUUAUGUGUUUGCUAUGUUCAAUGAGAAUCUGAAGAGCCCUGAAUAUGAGAAAAAUUGGGGACUUUUCUUACCUAACAAACAGCUGAAAUACAAUAUUAUUUUGAAUUAAGGUGUAUUAUUGCAUGGCCAACUCAAAGAUUUGGCUCUUUAUAUGAUCCAAUAAUUAUAUGUUGUAAUAAUGAAAGAAGUUGGUGUGUAUGUAAUAAACAAUUAUGAGUUAAAAAUCUAUGAUAAUACAAGGAAUUGGCUCUUUUAGUAAUAUACCAUAUAUUUGUAAGAGUAAGGAAAAAAAAUUAUGGAAUAAUUACAUAAAGCACAAUAUUUUGUAAAA